AUGACACUAUGCACUGCCGUUUUUCGUCGGAGACGAGCAAGGGCUACUUCAUGGACCUUGUCAAAAUACCUCUUGUUCAUUCUCGCCUUCUACGCCGCCAUCUGCCUCCUUCUGGACAUGCCUCUGCUCAGCAGCAAGCUGCCCCGGUACUCGGGUCCCCAUGAGGUCGGUGUUAUCGACAUUGAGGUGCCCUGCGAGAAGCGAAAGGCUGCCGAUGCUGUCUUCAAGGGCACGACACAUCCAGCGUUUGAGCUGGAGACGGUGUUGUUCUCCUUAUACUAUCCCGCUGUCCAGGGGGUGAGAUCAAGAGUGCCACAUCACCCGUGGAUACCGAAGCCGCUCGCGCUCGCCGGCGAAGGCCUUGCGCGUUUCGCGCGUAUCAACAAUGUUUUCACCAACGGCCUCUUCACGUUUGGGCUAUGGAUGCUCGCCGGGAGCACUACAAUACCCGCCAAUGUCGACGUACCGUUGCAGGGCACCACGAAGAGCUUUCACGACUCCGAAUACCAGGCGGAGCAGCCAUUGGACGAGUAUGGCCUCCCACAAUUCCCCGUAAUCGUUUUCUCGCAUGGAAUGGCUAGCAGCAGGACGAGCUAUACACAAUGGUGCGGCGAGAUGGCUUCAAGAGGGUUCAUCGUAGCAGCAAUCGAACACCGAGACGGAUCGGGACCAGGCAGCAUAGUUAUGCCAGGGCAGGGUGUUAAGAAACCUCGCUUUCAUAUUACUGCGCGUAUGUUAGAUCCGCAGCCCGAGACUGGGGACUUGAAAGCUAUGCAGCUGGCCAUGCGACAGGCAGAAGUAGAAGAGACGGUGCGGGUACUGAAGAGAAUACACACUGGUCACGGCGAGGAAGUAUUCAAGAGCAAUGCGCGCAUGGAAGGACAAGGCCUGGUAUCCUUCAAAGGAAGGUUCAUGAUGGAUCGCAUGGUUAUUGGGGGACAUUCGUACGGCGCAACGCUCGCAUUGCAGGCAUUGAAGACCGCGCCAAAUGAGGACAGGCCAUUUGUUGGCGGCCUAAUGUUCGACCCAGGCAAGCAGUCAGGCCCUCUCAACGAUGAUAUCAACGUGCCGAUCGUCAUCGUUCACUCUCAGUCCUGGUCGGCAAAGCAUUCCAUCUUCAACGGCAGGCCGCACUUCGAAGUUGUCAAGGACAUCGCCCGGAGACUGAUCGAAGAGAGACGCAAAUUUGCUUGGUUCGUCACAGCCAAAGGUACUACACAUCCCUCGGUCACCGAUGCGCCGUUGGUAGAACCUUUGCUACUAUCUUGGACGACUGGAUCGACUGUCGACGCCCGAGAAGGAGUUCUAUUGUACGUGAAGAUUUCGAAACAGUUCAUGCACUACCUCGAGACUGGACACCGACAGAGUAUCUUGACCGAGCCACCUACGCAUCCUCAAUACGACGAGAAAAUCAAGGACGUCUACCCGAAAGUGGCGAAUUUCUGGCAGAUACACAUGUCACCCACUGACAUGUGUCCUUCACUCGGCCAUUGUGGAUUAGAUGAGCCAGACCCCGAGGAAAAUGACUGA